AUGGCUUCCCAAUAUUCGUCUGAAGAAGCUGAGAAAGAUGCACGUCCAAAACAUCCUGGAGGAAGACCACCAGACCCUGUUUGGGAUCAUUUUUUUGCAAUUCCAUUGAAAUCGCCUGGUCAUUUUGCUGCCAAAUGUAAAUAUUGUUCUACACAAUUUAAUCGUGGACGUCCUAAUCAGCUUGAGAUACAUCUUGCAAAAGAAUCAUCUGGUUCAAAAUCUAAAAAACAGAAAAUAAAUAUUAAUGAUUAUUGGGAAAAUGAAAAUCAAAUUUUGGCUGGUUCUAAAAAAGAGGCA